UUAAGCAAAGAAGCCAGAGACCGAAGUCCACAAGGAGGUGUAGGCAGAGAGCGGCUGUGUCCCUGGGGCCCCUCCCCUGCCCUUGAUUCCCGGGACACCCCUGCCCUUUGAGCCUGGGGCUGCUCGGGCUCUGGCACAUGUGCCCUGGCCGCCGCGGGGCCCAGCCGGGUUGGGCAGGCUGGCAGAUGGGAGCCAUGCUGCGGCUGCUGGCAUCCCGUUGCGCCCGGGGCCCAGGGGCCCGUGGGGGCGCGCAUUCUGCCCCCGGGCUCUGCAACGCCGGCUGCAGCUCCCGCUGUAGGGCCUCCUACGCCUCCCGGAACCAGCCCCCCAGCUCUGAGUUUGUGGCCCGGCCCGUGGGCCUCUGCUCCAUGAUGCGGCUGCCCGUGCAGGCCUCUCCGGAGGGGCUGGAUGCUGCCUUUGUCGGGGUGCCCCUGGACAUUGGGACUUCUAACCGGCCUGGGGCGAGAUUUGGACCCCGACGGAUCCGCGAAGAAUCAGUGAUGCUUCGGACAGUCAACCCUAGCACGGGGGCCCUCCCCUUCCAGUCCCUUAUGGUUGCAGACCUAGGCGACAUCAACAUCAAUCUUUACAACCUUCAGGACAGCUGCCGCCUAAUUCGAGAGGCCUAUCAGAAAAUCGUAGCCACUGGCUGUAUUCCUCUGACCUUGGGUGGAGAUCACACAAUUACCUACCCUAUAUUGCAAGCCAUGGCAAAAAAGCAUGGCCCUGUGGGGCUUCUGCACGUGGAUGCUCACAUGGACAUAGCCGACAAGGCCCUGGGAGAGAAGAUCUAUCAUGGGACACCCUUCCGCCGAUGCGUGGACGAGGGACUCUUGGACUGUAAGCGCGUAGUGCAGAUUGGCAUCCGGGGCUCGUCCAUGACCUUGGAUCCCUACAGUUACAGCCGGAACCAGGGCUUCCGGGUGGUCCUGGCUGAAGACUGCUGGAUGAAGUCACUGGUCCCUCUGAUGGGGGAAGUGAGGCAGCAGAUGGGAGGCAGACCUGUUUACAUCAGCUUUGAUAUUGACGGCUUGGAUCCUGCCUAUGCCCCGGGGACAGGGACCCCUGAAAUUGCUGGUCUCACCCCUAGUCAGGCUCUGGAAAUCAUCCGGGGCUGUCAGAGCCUGAACGUGGUAGGUUGUGACCUUGUGGAAGUUUCACCGCCAUACGAUCCUUCUGGAAACACGGCCCUCCUGGCAGCUAACCUGCUGUUCGAGAUGCUGUGCGCUCUCCCUAAAGUGACAGUCAUUUGAACCUUGUGCUUUUCAAGGUAAAACGUCAGAUUGCAUCAAUGACAAAUUCUCAAGAAGGAUUUAUGAGCAAGCAGUCUGAGUCCUCGAAGAAUUUAUGCCAAUAAAACUUUCUGUUGGAAGUGUCACCGAUGGCUGUAAAAUCAGGGCAUUCAGUAGAUGUCUAACCCAAACAGCUAUUUCUGAGGAGUUUGAAUUAACUUAAAAAAAAAGCACUUGUGCUGCACUGAUCUUUUUCCUUUAAUGAAAGAUGAUGGAGGAUAAAGGGGAAGGGGAUGAAGAAUUUAGUUCAAGGUUAUCUAAAAAUUAGAGGAAUGAAAAAAAGAAUGACUAUGAAAUAAUACUAUAUAAACCUUCAA